AUGAGGCCAGGUUUGAGGCCUGCGAAGGCGCGGGGCCGCGCGCAGCAGGCGGGCUCCGUGGCGCGGGAUAGCGAGCGACUGGCCGGCGGCAGGACUUCCGCCACGGGACCCGGAAGGGGCCGCACCGCCGUUACUGGGUGUUUCUGCCGCGGCCAGGGUUGUCAGCGCGAGGAGAGGACCCGGUUCGACCGCCGGCCAGGCGGAGAGGGGGCGGAGAAGCCGGCGGGCCCGAGGAGCAGGUCGGGCCUCCUUGCCCUGCCUGGCAAGCCGGCCGGCAGCCGGGCCUUGGUCUGCCGUUGCCAUGGAAACCGUUCAGCCGGGCCUCGCCGCCCGGGAUUCCGCAGGGGCCGCGAGAGAGGCCGUUUCCUUGGCGCAACGACGCCGUCGCCUCACUUGCUGUCUGUGUUACUGGCGUCUUCUUUGUGGGCUCCUGGACCAGGAGUAUUAAUCAUUGCCCCUUGGCCCUCCUUGUUCUCAGGAUUCCAGCUUUCCCGCCUUGCCAAAGUGUUCAGCCUGGACUUACUCAGAAAAGGCUGGAUUGAAGCUUUUCCCAACACUUCGGAGUCCGCCGACACCGUUGCCACCCAUCUCAUCCAGGACAUCAUCCCUUGGUUUGGGCUUCCAGCCACUAUUCAGUCAGACAACGGCCCGGCCUUUGUCUCCAAAGUUACUAACGCUGUCUGUGCUUCCUUAGGAAUUCAGUGGAAGCUGCAUGCGGCCUACCACCCCCAGUCAUCGGGUAAGGUAGAACGGGCUAACGGACUCAUCAAGGAUCAGCUUACCAAACUCUCUCUCAAGCUUAAGCAGUCGUGGGUCUCUUUACUACCGUUAGCUCUUACCAGGCUGCGGGCCUGCCCCCGAGGAGCCUCACAGCUCAGUCCAUUUGAGCUUCUAUACGGGCGACCCUUCCUGUUAUCCACUCCACCUUCUCCAGAAAGUUCCCCUCUGAACACCUACCUUCCCUAUUUUACCCUCCUCAGACAUCUACUCAGGGAACACGCCAACGCUUCCAUACCCCAGACCUCAGAAAUUCCACCCGCUCUGGGAAAGGUUGCCCCCGGUGACUCUGUCUUCAUUAAAACUCUCACUCCAAAACCCCUCUCACCCUGGUGGGAAGGGCCCUACACCGUCAUUUUAGCCACCCCAACGGCCAUCAAAGUUGCUCAGAUUCCAUCUUGGGUCCAUCUCUCAAGAGUAAAAAAGUAUCCCGAUGGCCCUUCCAGUUCCCGUUGGGAGUGUGUUCCUACUGGUCCUCUAUCACUUAAGCUCUUUAAGCCCUGAAUUGUCCUUAGCUAACCCUCAGUAUGUCUGGAGAUUUUUUCUCACUGAAAAUUAUACCAAAACUACUGGGAUUUGCUCGACCCCUCCUCACUCCCAUAACCACCUCCUGACCACGUCAGAUUGCCCCAUCACAGGAUGUGCAUCCCCCAUCCAACUCAACUUCUCCACCCUUAACAAUGUCCGCAAUACUCACCCAUUGCUAUGCUUUAACUAUAAACAGACAGGUGAUUGUCAGACCUCCAGUUGGCACUCUUGUAUGGGAUGUGUCUGGGGCUCCUGUCAGAGGGACCCCACAGCUGACGAAGACGAAGACAGGGUGGCCGCUUCCCUUCCCUCCUUAAGAGGACCACAAAAUUCGACUCAGAGGGCAAUCCCAGCAAAGAGUGCCAGCUUACUCUAACCAUCCCAGAUCCCUGGGACGAUAGAUGGCAAGCACCCCAAAAGGCCUCAGUCUACGAGACCAGUACCACAAGUUAUCCGUCCUCACACAUAUAUCUGGCGGGCAUAUGUCCUCACCUCUCCAGAAAUCCACAACACGAUCCAAGUGCAAGAAACUACAUUAAAAACUCAGCUAGCCCCUUUCUCGUGGUUAACCCUCAUGAGAGAAGGCCUAAAGCUCGCCAACCAGACAGGGUUAACCAAUCUGACCUCUUGCCUCCUGUGUGCUACUCUUGGACAAACUCCUCUAGUUGCGGUCCCAACCAUGUUCCCUACACAUCACACCAACGGGACAGGCCGACACCCCCCAAUUCCAGACGUCCCACUCUUCUACCUCAACACUUCACCCUUUCCGGCCUGCUACUCUUCUCAGAGCUCAGACUCCACAUGCAACAGGACUCAACAACUCACAACUAAUCUAACAGCUCCCCGAGGUUUUUACUUUUUGUGCAACGGUACCCUUUCCAAACUACUAACCCAGUCCGACCUUAGAGGACAUUCCGCUGUCUCCCUGUCACCUUGGUCCCACGCCUCACUGUCUAUUCACCGGCUGAGUUCCUUAUGAUGCACACUAGCAUGUCUUCCGCACGCCCCAGUUCCCAUCGUCAACGAAGAGCUGCCUUUCUUCCCAUAGCUAUCGGGCUCUCCCUCGCAGGAUCCACAGCUGCUCUAGGCCUAGGAAGCAGGGCCCUGAUUAACACUCACCAGGCCCUAGCCCGCCUUUUCUCACAGCUGCAAACUGCAAUUGAUGACUCUGCUGCCUCCCUAGCAUCUCUCCAGCGACAAGUCACUUCGGUUGCUCAAGUAGCCUUACAAAACCGAAGAGCUCUGGACCUGCUUACGGCCAAAAGAGGAGGGACCUGCAUCUUCUUACAGGAAGAAUGUUGUUACUACAUCAAUGAAUCUGGGAUAGUAGAAACCCGCAUCGAAAAUCUCCAGAAAAUCAAGGCAGAGCUACAAAGUCACCAGUUCACCACUGAAGCCACCGCAUGGUGGUCGUCAUCCAUGUACACCCUCCUAUCCCCACUGAUAGGGCCUCUGCUUAUCAUCUGUCUUUUCUUACUUGUCGCCCCUUGUUUCUUUCAGUUCUUGCAGCGCCGUUUCCAGGAGCUUACCCAGAUCACUAUCAACCAGAUGCUGCUACAACCAGUCCCCAGCCAUCCAGAUUGCGCAUAUACCCCCCUACCGACCUCCCAGGCUCCGUAAAGACCCCACUCCGCCCCUGUCCAGCAGGAAGUAGCCAGAUCGACUCCACAGCCCCUUUCCCUUUUUUAAGGAGUCAGGGAUGUUCGGUAGAAAGUCCUGCCACCCUCCCCCCAGGCUUCCUGCCGUCUGGAGGAAAACCCUUAGGCGCUGCUCUGUUCUGCCCGACAACAAGCAGCCAAUCAUCGCAGCAGAAAAGCCCGCCAAGCCUCAGCCUAUCCUGAACCGACACAUAACCCUCUGAGCUACCUCAGCAGUCUGCCCAGAGACGGACAGCCUAUCCUAAGCUCCCACGACACUCCGCCAGCCCUGUGUCCACGCCCCGUCCACCCCCCUAUAAAACCCUCCUACCCCAGCUACGCAGUCGCAGCCGGCCCAGAUCUCCUUCCUUUCCUGGCCUGCCCGCUGGUCCCAAUAAAGCUGAACUCGGCUUCCAA